AUUUGUUUCUUGCGUAAUUUUAGUACUUUUAUCGUAUUUUGUUCAUUCUUUAUCUUUCGACUCACAUUUCGAGAGUGGCAUCUGAGUCGUUUCACAGCGUAACCAUGCUUACUUUGGCUGUUCCAAGUUUCAUGGAACACAGUCCAGAAGUUUGGUUUAAGAUAUUCGAGAUCGAACUAGAAAAUAAGGGCAUAACGGCGGACCGUCCAAGGUACAAUCAGCUCGUCCCACGCCUUCCUCCGUCGGUAGUGACGCUGAUUGAGGACAUUCUACUCUGCCCAUCGAAUGAGGCAAAGUAUGAAACGAUGAAGCAAGCGAUUUUGAAAGAGUUACGGCCCAGCGCACGAACUCGAUUUGAGCAGCUCAAUGGUCUCAGGCUUGGAGAUCGCAAGCCGUCGGCAUUGCUCCGCGAACUUCAGCGCAUCGCUGGUCCCUUAUUCUUGAGCGAAGAAGGGAUAAAGGAGCUGUGGUUUGCACGUCUCCCAGAGCCAUUGCCGGUAAUGCUGUCCAUGUUUAUAGAUGCACCCCUGAAAGACUUAGCUACCAAGGCAGACGCUGCGUUCGAACGUUUUCCGCAGCAGACGACCAGUAACUCCGGUGACGUAUUCUCACCGAUGAAAACCGAAUCUCAUGUUUGUUCCCAGUCGCUAGACCGAUCUGACUCUAAAGACGAGGAAAUUGCGCUACUUCGCAGCAGGAUAGCAGCAAUGAAGGCUUCGAAGCAGCGUGUGCCACGGUCAAAUGCUGACCACGUUUUGGCUACCGUUCAUUGCGGCUCGUCUGUGCCUGCACCGAGUACGUCACGUUCGGCACGAAAGCGCAACAUUUUCC